AUGGCUCUCGCAAUCGCUGUCUACUCACUCUCCACCCGCGCUGCCCAAGAUGUCGCAUCUAAUACAACAGAAAGCGCUUCAUCGUGCGCCAAUCAAUACAGAAGCCUACCUGGGAUUGUCUGGAGUUGUCUUACGACUAUCUUCUUGUGCAUCUGGGUCUCGCUCCACCUCAACGUCCCCGAGCCCGUUGACACCAGAAGCUUGAAUAGCUUCAACAAAUUGAAAUUUGAGAUAAGAUAUUUCAUCAGACGCAACCUAAUCCCUCUCGUCGUCACACUGAUGGCCCCAGAAUGGGUACUUGGGGUGGCGAUUCGCCAGUUUGUCAUGGCUGCUCACGUGGCCAAGGAGAUCGGUGCUACUCGUCAGCAAGGAUUCUUCAUCAUUAUGGGCGGUUUUCAUCUCUUUAAACGAACUCAAGGAUCGUCCUUCCGUCAAAUGAGGGAAUGGGGCAGAGAAGAAGCUCACCCAUUGGUCGAGGAUUCGGUAGUGGAAGAGGGAGAAGGUCGACUUGGCCACACUCCGAGUGGCGAGGCGACCAAUACAAUCGAAGAAGAGGUUGGAGAGCCUGUUCAUCCUCUCGAUGAAUUCGAUGUCUGUCGUCUUAUCAAGGCUGGGAAACUUCGCCUCCCUCAUUUUGCGGAGCUUAAGGACAAAUGCAAAAGCGAUGGACUGGCAAAGUUUCUCGUCAUACUGCAAACACUGUGGUUCAUCACUCAGUGCAUUGCACGGAAGGCCAACAAACUUUCUCUCACCGAGCUCGAGGUUGUUACACUUGGCUAUACUCUCCUCACCUUGUCAAUGUACGUUGCCUGGUGGGACAAGCCAUAUGGUGUCACGUUCCCUGUGCGUGUUUAUGAAACACUCCCCGAACGCACGAUAGAGCAAGAGGAUCUAAAGAAAAAGAAAGAAGAAGUCAAGCUUCCAGAAAGGGUUUAUGCGUAUAUCUCAGGCACACAGGGAUACUUCACCGACCUACGAAGCCAGAAGCGAGUUCCAAUGUUCCACUCUGGGCGCAAUGGAGGAAGAGUCAUUUUACGGGAUUUUAUCGGACCGAUGACAAUAGGCCUUGUCGGGACGCUGUUUGGCGCUGUCCAUCUUCUGGCGUGGUCCUCGCCUUUUCCAUCUGGUCGAGUGCAAUGGCUCUGGCGAUUCGGGGCUGUUGUCAUGACUGUGGCACCACCUGCAGCAUUCAUAGGCUUGAUCUUCCUGAUGCUCGUUCAAAAGUGGCUUAUCCUGGCUUAUUUGAUCGGGUACCUUCUCCGACUGGUACCAAUCUGCUACCUUGUUGGAAGAGGUAUAACGAUUGUGCUCGCGUUCCUCACACUUGCGACACUCCCACUUGACGCUUAUCAAGAUGUAGAAUGGUCUGACUUCUUUCCUCACAUUUAA